AUGGCUCGUAAGCGUAAGGGGCAGGCCCUUAACGACUGCCCCAAGGAUCUUAACGACAUUCCUUACAUCCGCUGGAUGAACCAGCAGAUCGCCAACGGGCGCCAUCCGAAGGGAUUAUCCGCGCCGCCCGUGCUUGACGGCCAGGGAUCCAGUGCACAGUCGCCCAGUGCGGCCCCGUCACGUGUGCGCCGUCAGCCUGCAAGGACGGCUGCAACACACCGGCUUGUCGUGGAGCAAGAUGCUGACGAUGACGAUGAUGACGACCCCGAACAAGGCCUCGACACCGACGACGACGAGGAGGAACCGGAAGACGCUGGGAUGUCGCCCAGCGACGGCGACGAUGAAGAUGAGGACGCCGAGGACGACGCGGAGGAGGAAGCGCAACCUGUGUCUCAGCCGCCGAAACGGAGCGCCGCACGCGCGUCUGGGAGGAACAAAGGCAAAGGCAAGGCGGCGCCACCACCGCCACGCCAGGAGCCACGGAAGAAGCGGUCGGCUGCACCAGUCGAGAGGGGCUUAUGGUCGGACAAGGAGAGCACCAUAUUCGCCGCGGCGAAGUGGUUCAUGAAAGAGGAGCUCGAGUCUCUCAAGGGGAAGCAGGGGGCGCAAUACUGGGUCCGACUACUCGCGCACAUCAAGGAGUCGAACCCUGGAUGGUGCAGGGGUGUCAACGCGUUGCAGAAGCAGUGGCGUAACUUGACGCUCCUCUGGCGGGAGUACAAGCGUGGCGACGGGGGGUCAGGCCACGGCUCGGUUGAGAAACCACCGUGGUAUCCGUACCUGGAGCUGCACAACCAGGACACCGCCGCAGCCGCACCGCAUGCGGUGGACGGCGGCGGCGCCACGGACGUCAACGUGCCGGCCGGCAUGGAGGUUCCAAGUUCGAUCACACAACACACGGCUCCUGCGAGAAUGCGCCACAACCUGCAGUCGUUGCGCCCGCCGAAGAUGCGCCAUCUCCCUUUGAAGGCGCCGAUGCACCUUUCCACCGCCAUGCGUGUGGCGCUCUGGCAGUAG